GCUGCUAGGCUGUCUCCGCUGUCCCUUCCACGCCUAAUCGUCCUUCUGGUCAGCCUGUGGUUUCCUGUGACAAAACCAGACAGAGAGCGCAGAGGAGAGGAGAGAAGCAGCGAGGGAAGAAGGGAGAGGAGGGACGAGGGAAAAGUGUUCCGCGAAGCGGUAGCGUCUUUCCGCCUGGCCCUUCCCUUCGCGACCCUGGUCCCCGCUCCCGUCCGGGCGAGCGCUGGAAGCCCCUCUGCGCCAGGGGGGUUGCGGGGACCGGGCGCGGGGACGGGGCGCGGGGCGGGCUCCCGCGCCGGCACAUGGCCGCAGCCGCCCCGCGCGCACCCCGAGGCGCCGCGCCCAGCUCGUCCAAGGUCCGUCUGCUGCGCCCGGCCGCCCCGGAGCCCUGCAGCGCCUGAGCGGGGAAGCGCCCGCGCCCGGGCAUCGGGAUGAGCCUCCUCCGCGUCCUCCUCUGGCUAGUUUCCUACUAUGUUGGAACCUUGGGGACUCACACUGAGAUCAAGCGAGUGGCAGAAGAAAAGGUCACUUUGCCCUGUCACCAUCAGCUGGGGCUUCCAGAAAAAGACACCCUGGAUAUCGAAUGGCUGCUCACCGACAAUGAAGGGAACCAAAAAGUGGUGAUCACUUACUCCAGCCGUCAUGUCUACAGUAACCUGACAGAGGAGCAGAAGGGCCGAGUGGCCUUUGCUUCCAAUUUCUUGGCAGGAGACGCCUCCCUGCAGAUAGAGCCUCUGAAGCCCAGCGAUGAGGGCCGGUACAGCUGCAAGGUGAAGAAUUCAGGGCGCUACGUGUGGAGUCAUGUCAUCUUGAAAGUCUUAGUGAGACCAUCAAAGCCCAAAUGCGAGUUGGAAGGAGAGCAGACAGAAGGAAGUGACGUCACUCUGCAGUGUGAGUCAGCCUCUGGCACAAAGCCCAUCAUGUAUUACUGGCAGCGACUCCGGGAGAAGGAGGGAGAGGAUGAGCGUCUCCCUCCCAAGUCCAGGAUUGACUACAGUAACCCUGGACGAGUUCUGCUGCACAAUCUCACCAUGUCGUCCUCUGGGCUCUACCAGUGCACGGCGGGCAACGAGGCUGGAAAGGAAAGCUGUGUGGUGCGAGUCACUGUACGGUAUGUACAGAGCAUCGGCAUGAUAGCAGGAGCAGUGACGGGCAUGGUGGCUGGAGCUCUGCUGAUUUUCCUCUUGGUGUGGCUGCUGAUCCGAAGGAAAGACAAAGAGAGAUACGAGGAAGAAGAGAGACCUAAUGAAAUUCGGGAAGAUGCGGAAGCCCCCAAAGCCCGCCUCGUGAAACCUAGUUCCUCUUCCUCAGGCUCUCAGAGCUCGCGCUCGGGUUCCUCCUCCACACGCUCCACAGCAAAUAGUGCCUCACGCAGCCAGCGGACACUGUCGACCGAAGCAGCGCCCCAGCCGGGGCUGGCCACCCACACAUACAGCCUAGUGGGGCCAGAGGGGAGGGGUUCUGAACCAAAGAAGGUCCACCAUGCUACCCUGACCAAAGCAGAACCGCACCCAGCAUGAUCCCCAGCCAGAGCAGAGCCUUCUGAACCGUCUGAGUUAGAGUGGACUUGACUCCCACGCUUUCCUCAGAGUCAGGAUCUUAGGAGGCUUCUAGUCCUUGAAGCUCAGACACCAGCCACACAACCCCCUCCAACCAGAUGAAAGGCCAUUUCAGUAGCAGUGAGCAUUGCAUGAAACCCACUCAAGUGAGCACUUUCUUUAUAGGACACCAAACAGGAAAAAGGAUGUAAACUGAUCCUCUCCAAAAAGGCAUCUCAUGGUGCCUCCAGACCAGAGUGGGGAAGAGCUGGGGUCCAAAUCUGUGUAUUUGUUGACCAGGACCUGGGGUGGAAAAGGUUGGGGAAAGGGGAACUGAACACACUUAAAACUUCUCCCCUGAGAUGUUUUGUAUCAAUACUUCGGCUCACCAUUGUCAAGAAGAAAUGAGAUGUUGUUCAUAAAUUUUCUAUGCAUUUCUGCAAA